AAUUCAGUGACGGACAGUUCUAUCCUCCAAUCAUCUCUCUGCACAGCGCCACCUACUGUCUGAGGGUGGGAGUCGACGGAGGUUGCAAGUUUGCGGACACUUGGCGGCAGAUCGUAGUGAUGGAGCGGGAAGAGGAGUCUGUGGGGUUCCGCAAGGAAAUGAUCUCUAAAUUGCUACAUUUGCACCUGGGAGAAGACAAAGCCAAAAUCAGUGCGGAUGCUAUUCUGCUUGUAGCAGAGCUGCUAAAGGUAUUUGUUCACGAGGCAGCAGCCCGAGCAGCACGUCAGGCACAGUCUGAGGAUGUGCCUGUGGUUGACAUAGAACAUGUGGAAAAGAUACUUCCGCAGUUGCUGCUGGACUUCUAGAUGAAAACCUUGAGGAAUAUUCUGCUCUUGUCCAAGUGCAUGGAUCAGCUACACCCUGACUGCUGCUACUUUAUGUAAGAUGAAGAUUGGAGGAUGAUGGAGCUGUCCUCCUUCAAAGUGGCAUUGCCCUAAGACUUGUCAAAUGUCCAUGUGUGGUAGCUCUGAGGGUUUUUUUUUUUUUAAAUUAAAUUAAGCUUUGAAAAGGAGACUUUUUAGAAAUGGUGUUAAAAUUUGCUGGAUGCCACACAAUGUACAAAGUUUAAGAACCUGUCAGCCAAGAGCUAAUACCAAGUCAUAAGCUUCACCAACAUCACCCUAGAACUAGUAAUAAACACACCAUUACCUUGUCUGUGCCUUUUCCGUCAGCUCAUCUCCGCAGCUGCCAAAAGCAACAUCUCUGGAGAGGUGCGAGUUGUAAUCCAUGCGACUGCCUUAUUAACACUAAGCCCAGGGAGUGUUUCCUAAUCAGUAACUCUUAGCCUGCCAAACACCUGUACCUGACUGCCCUGGGAGAAGGACUGCGGCCGUGUAAUAAUGGAAGUCACAAUCACGCAGUGGCAGCUGUGUCCUAGGCUCUGUAUUCCCAUCAGUUCACUGUUCUAUUGUAGUAUGACAAUUCUUCUGCUCAUUAAUGGGUAUUUGCAGACCCAUUUCUGUUUAAUUAACAACUGGCUUUUAUUGAACACUUUCAAGUAAAAAUAAACUAUAAGUCAUUUGCUGAA